AAUGUUAGCUCGAAAACGAAGACUGAGUAGUGUAAGCGAUAGUGGCAGCUUGUCAAUGUCCGAAUCUAGAACCCUUGCUCCCAAGACGUUUCUUUACGCGUAGUGCUUUAAGAUUUUUCCUCUUUUCCUCCGAAAUACCCUUUUUAGUCCCUUUCAUCAAAAGUCUUUCCUUUUGGUUUAACUCGCACUUCACACAAAACAACAUUGCUUCGUUCAACAUUUCAUGGUCAACUAAACAAAAAAAUAAUCUUUUUUUGUGGCUGCUUAGUUCGGAUCCUCUUUGACGCAAAAACCCCUUUUUUGAAUCUUUCUUUCGAGCUCAACUUUGUAUUUUGUAGUUCUAGGGUUGGUUUGUUUCUUAGCGUACUGUUCGAUUUUGAUGCUUCAACACCCUUUUGUUAGUUUUUGUUCUUUUAUUUGAGGUGGGUUUUGUCUGCACUUGAUCUGAUUAGGUGAAAGUUGGAAUCUUUGGAGAGGGAAAAUUUUCUGGGGUUUGUUGUUUGAUUUUGAAAGUUUGAUUUUUAUCAGAAACCCUUUGUGGGUUUUGCAUAAUUGUUGUGUUCUGCAAAGGAAUUGAAGUGGGUUGGUGGUGGAUAUUGAAUUUUUUUUUUUUUUAAUGUGUUUCUUAGUGAUGAAGGUUGGAGGUGUAGUUCUUUGAUGAAAUGAGAAAAACACCAAGCACUUGGAAUGGGAAUUCAGAGAUAUAUGGUUGUCAUUAAGUUUAGUUUUUGUGUUUUUUUAGUUUUCCAUCUUGUAGCAGCUGUUAGCUUUAUAGUAAAGAAGGAAACACCAGAUGGCUUUGUUAGAGAACUAUUUGAUUCGGCAUCUGGAUUGUUCGACAAGCCCACGGCAAAGGCAUUAUGGACCACAUGCUGCGAAGAUUUUAUUCAUUUAAAGGAAGAGGUUGGAUAUCGUGAUUUAUGCCACCCACUAGAAUUCUAUGCUAGUACCAAUAAACUCAGUUCCACGAUUCAACCUCUUUCACAAACAGAAAUCCAAAAAUUGCAUGGUGCUUUCCAUCCUCACGUUAGGGAAAACUUUCUUCGUUGUUUGAGAAAAAAUAAUCUUCAAUUACGUGUCUCAGGAGAAGAGGUUGAUUCCAAGAUAUGGCAUGUCACUAAUACGGGAUAUCUGUUUUCCUCAUCCAGUAUUCUUAGAAGAAAUCCGGGCCGUGUUUUGCUCCAGCACAUAUCAGAACCACCUAGUUCAGGCCCUGCAGCUGGAUCACCUGAACCUAGUCUCACUCCACCACCUGAGCCCAGUCCGACUCCAUCGCCUGGACCUAGUAUAUCUCCAUCGCCUACUCCAGUGCCUCUACCUCCUCAACCUCCGUCUCCUCCUUUGUCACCAACCCCAUUUUUUCCCAAGCUGACACCGCCAGAAGCUGAGGAUAUUUCUGCUCCUCCAUCUCCUGACACGAACGGGGAGGAUGAUAAGUCAAGUAAAAAGAGAACAGUUGUUCUUUCUGUAGUAAUAACUUUAUCAGUGAUAUUUAUAGCUGCAGCAUUGUUCUUUUUAUGCUUUCGUAAGAAUGCCCGGCUUAGACGUAAUGAUGAGAGGCCCCUUCUCAGCUUGAGCAUGAAUGACUAUUCUUUUGGUCCUUCCAAUCACGCUUUUGGAAAUUCGACAAAAGGGGAGAAACAUGGGUUUCAGUCAUCAAGUAAUAAUUUAGUAGAUAACAAGAAGACCUCACUGCAAGAAAAUCAAUCAAUAGGAGCUCUUGCUACUUCCGUAUCACCAUUUGAAUUGAAACCUCCUUCCGGGAGAGGGGGAACUAUCCAUUCUGGAAUGCCACCUUUAAGACCUCCUCCAGGCAGGAUGAAUCCUCUUCCGCCGGAGCCACCUUCAUUUAGGCCAUCUAGCAAUAGUGCUGUUGCUGCGGCUGCUGCACCUCCUCCUCAACAGUCUAGUGUUGGCAGUGCUCGACCUCCUGCUGCUCCUUCACCACCACAAUCAACACUAGCUGGUCCCACACCUGGUCCUCCUCGUCCUCCAUUACCCCCUGGUCCGCCUGGUGCCAAACCCCGUCCUCCACCAUCCCCAGCACCACCUGGUGCUAAACCCGGUCCUCCUCCCCCACCACCUCCAGCACCACUUGGUGCUAAACCCGGUUCUCGUCCACCUCCUCCUCCUCCUAAAAGCGGUGUAGCUCCUCCUCGACCACCAAUUGGCCCGAAGGCUAGUGGAUCCAAAGCUUCACUGAAUGCUGAAGCAGCUGGAGCUGAUAGUUCUAAAGCCAAACUAAAGCCAUUUUUCUGGGACAAGGUUCAAGCUAAUUCAGAUCAAUCAAUGGUUUGGAAUGAGAUCAAAUCCGGAUCAUUCCAGUUUAACGAAGAGAUGAUAGAGACACUUUUUGGUUAUAAUGCUGUAAAUAAAAACAAUGGUCAACGACAGAAGGAGUCCUCCUCCUCCCAAGACCCUUCACCCCAGUAUAUCCAGAUCGUUGACAAAAAGAGAGCACAAAAUUUAUUAAUUCUGUUGCGAGCAUUGAAUGUGACAAUGGAAGAAGUUUGCGAUGCACUCUAUGAAGGAAACGAGCUACCGUCGGAAUUUCUUCAAACCUUGUUGAAGAUGGCACCGACAUCAGACGAAGAACUUAAACUUCGAGUUUUUAGUGGUGAUCUGUCUCAACUUGGGCCUGCUGACCGUUUCCUUAAAGCCUUGGUUGACAUUCCCUUUGCUUUUAAGCGAAUGGAGGCACUGCUUUUCAUGGGAACAUUUAAAGAGGAACUCACUACUACUAAGGAGUCUUUUGCAGUUUUAGAGGUUGCUUGUAAGGAACUAAGAAACAGCCGUCUGUUCCUCAAACUUCUUGAAGCUGUUCUAAAAACUGGAAAUCGUAUGAACGACGGAACAUACCGUGGUGGUGCACAAGCGUUUAAACUUGAUACACUUUUGAAAUUAUCUGAUGUAAAAGGAACCGACGGCAAGACUACACUCUUACACUUUGUUGUUCAAGAGAUUAUCCGCUCCGAGGGCAUAAAAGCUGCUCGAGCAGCGAAAGAGAGCCAGGGUUUGUCGGGUAUUAAAACAGAUGAACUUCUUGAGGAUAAGGAUAAUGCGCGUGAAACAGAAGAAGACCACUACCGCGAACUUGGUCUUGAGAUGGUUUCACAUUUGAGCAGUGAGCUUGAGAAUGUUAAAAGAGGAUCUGUUCUAGAUGCGGAUAGCUUAACAGCAACUGCGGCCAAACUUGGUCACGGUCUCUUGAAAGCCAAAGACUUACUGAGCAAAAACCUGAAGAAUGUGGAGGACGAUAGAGGGUUUCGCGAGACAGUGGAAAGUUUUGUCCAGGAUGCGGAGGCUGAUGUUAUGAAACUGCUUGAAGAUGAGAAGAAAAUCACGGCUCUGGUGAAGAGCACUGGCGAUUACUUUCACGGGAAUGCUGCAAAGGAUGAUGGCUUGCGAUUGUUUGUAAUAGUGAGAGACUUUUUAAUAAUGCUUGAUAAGGUGUGCAAAGAGGUGAGAGACGCACAGAAGAAACCAGCAAAACCUCGAAAACAAGAAACUUCAAGGGGAUUGUCUCCGCCUGAUACGCGUCCAUCACCUUCUGAUUAUCGUCAGCGGCUUUUUCCAGCUAUAGCUGAAAGGAGGAUAGAUGACCUUAGUUCAGAUGAUGAGAGUCCAUAGAUUCAAGUUGGAAAUGAGAGAUGGUUACACAUGUUUCUUGAUAAAUGGUGGAAGUGGCUAUCAUCAUUGUUGUACAGCAUUAUUUUUCUGAUUAGUUUCAUGGUGUUUUGAGACAGUCACUUUUAGAGGGAUAGUUGUGUAGGGUCUUGUUAGUUUUUAACAAUUCUUUAUUCUAUUUAAUUAUGCUCCUGUAUUUAUUUUUUAAAAAGAGAAAAAAAUGUAGCAUAGUGCUUUUUGGCUUAUAUUAAAAAAGAAAGAUAAUGAACAUAGUGCUUUUAUUCAGAUUAA